AUGACACCGACAUCCACGGCAUCGAAUCCCAAAAAGCGCCGGCUCCUGUACUCCGAUGAUGACCGCGACGACGACGACGACGACAACAACAACAACAACAGCCACCGUCAGAAAGAUAAACACACCAAUGCCUCAUCACAAUCACAAUCACAAACUCAACAGACCCAAAUCUUCAUCUCCUCUGUGAUACAAGACCGCAAGUCCACUUUCCAAGCACAUUUCCAUCCUGGGUCGUCCGUGUUUGCCCCGCAAGGAAGCACCUACAGCAGCAGGAGCACCGCACAAAACCCACAAUCAUCAUCAACAACAACGAUCAUAAAAAGUCUACAAUCCCACCCCUCCUUCUCCACGGCGUCACAUCGCAUCGUGGCCUGGCGGAGACGAUCCACCCAACAGACCCUCCAGCUUCACAUUGGUGCAGGUGGUGCAGUCGGCUCCAAGUCCGCGGGAAGCACAUCCACAUCCACAUCCACUUUCACCACAGGCUCGGACGACGACGGCGAAAAGUACGCGGGCCGACGACUCGAAGCGGUGCUCUCGUCCAUGCAGGUCGAGGGCGUCAUCGUCGUGGCGAGAUGGUACGGUGGCGUCAUGCUGGGGCCUGUGCGGUUCACGCAUAUUGAGAAUUGCGCUAGGGAGGCCAUAAGGAUGUGGGUUGAUAGUCUAGGUGGUGGCCGACAGCAAGGGCAAGGAAAUUUAGUGAGCGGCGGCGGCAGCGGCGGCAGCAGCAGUAGCAGCAAGAAGGCGAGGGUUGAUGGCGCUGGCGACGACAACGCCGCUGCUCAUGAUCAAGACGAUGAAGCUGAACGGACGAGGCUCGCGAAUCAACUGCUUGAGAGGGACAACAGCAUCGUGGUGCUGAGGGGGCUGUUGGCCGACAUGACGAAGGGGAAAGCGUCGGCGGGCACUGUAGCUGGCACUGACGCUGGCACUGGCACUGGCACUGGCACGGGAGAUAUAAAGCCGGAAUCAUCACCCGCACCUCCCUCGACGACCGUCGUCUCUUCCCCAGCGAAGAAACUAGAGUAUACCGACAUGCCGCUCGCGAGGCUGAAACAAUUGGAGAAGGCGAGAGACGCGACCAUCGCGUUCAUCCUAAGGCAGCUGGAUAAAGUGGAGGAGGAACAGAAGGCGAGGGGCACGGACACGGACACGGACACGGACACGGCAAUAGCGUCGAAGGAACAAGGCCGUGUCGAGGGAGAUGGGUGA